CGUUUCCCAGCUUUUAAUCUAUCGCUAUCGUGGAAAAACGAAAAUAUCAAGCGAAUUCGCAAUCGCUCUGUUGGGAACGAGCUGUUCAUCUCUAUGCAAGUGACAGCCUAUCAGACGAAAAGCGCAAAACGGAGAUGCGCUCGGAAGAAAGCCACUACUCACCGUAUAUCAAUUCUUCCUAGCGUGUUUCCAAGCUGAUUGCUCCACUUUUCCAACUAUUGCUCUUGUCGGCCCCAUCCCCGUUCCGUCGUUAUCAAAUUCGCAGGUUCGCCGCCACUGUGCUCGGGAUGGCUAAAUCGGAAGAGAAAAAACACGACGUUGCCAUCCAUUGGUUCCGCAAUGGUCUCCGCUUCCACGACAACCCUUGUUUGCUGGAUGCGUGCCAAAAAUCCGAAUCACUCCUUCCGAUUUACGUAGUCGACCCUGAAUUUCCCUUCGCGCAAACUGCUGGGUGCCGCGCCGGUACAAUUCGUGCCAAUUUCUUACUCGAAUCGAUAAACGAAGUCGACGAAAAACUCCGGAAAAUGGGUAGUCAGCUCGUCGUUGUUCUCGGGAAGAGUCACGAAGUCUUACCCGAAAUUGUCGCCACCACACAGGCUAAGGCAUUGUUCUAUGAACAAGAAGCAGCCGCUCCUGUGCGAGAGCAAGACGCCGAGACGAUCCAAGCCAUCAAGAAUCGUUUGAAAAGGGACGGUAAAAAUUACGAGUGCAAAUUUGAAGCCUAUGCAACGCAUACGCUUCAUCCCAUGGAACGGUAUUUAGCGCAGUGCAAAGACCAUACGGCACCGUCGACGUAUGGAAGUUUUACGAAGAUUUUCAACAAAAUGAGUGUUGCGAAAGAAGUGAACGAAGUCAAGGAGGUACCAUCGUUGCCAAACAAGUCAGUUAAACUUCUUGAAAAAUCGUUUGCAGAGGCUUUGCGAAUGCCUACGUUAAAAGAUCUUGGAUACGCAGCUGCUGCUGAUGAUAUGAAGAACAGCGGCAAAGGAGGGUAUGCUUUUGCAGGGGGAGAAAACGCCGCAAUCGAGCUUCUUGCAAAGAACAUGGCGCGCUCGCAGUGGGUAGCAACGUUUGAAAAACCAAAGACAAGCCCAAAUGAUGCCACACGACCAAGCACUACUGCUUUGAGUCCUUACGUCAAGCACGGCUGUAUAUCUCCGCGUCGCUUUUAUCAUGAGUUGUCGAAGGUGUACUCAAAAUACAAUAGCAAAGAAACAUCGAAGCCACCAGUUUCGCUCCAUGGACAACUAAUGUGGCGCGACUUCAAUUAUCUGGUCGGAUACAGCACUCCAAACUUUGACAAAAUGAUCGACAAUCCUAUUGCUCGACAAAUUCCAUGGGACGACGAUCCGGAUCUUUUGCUAGCCUGGAAGAUGUCGAAGACGGGAUAUCCUUACAUCGAUGCGAUCAUGACCCAACUACGGGAAACGGGCUGGAUUCACCACCUAGCUCGUCAUUCCGUUGCUUGCUUCCUCACUCGAGGGGAUCUAUGGCAAAGCUGGGAAGAUGGCGCUACAGUCUUCGAAGAAUAUUUGAUUGACGCUGAUUGGAGCAUCAACAACUUCAACUGGCAAUGGCUUUCUUGCACUGCCCAUUUCUAUCAGUAUUUUCGAUGCUAUUCGCCAAUUGCUUUCGGUAAAAAGACGGACCCAAAUGGCGAUUACAUUCGCAAAUGGUUGCCUCAGUUCAAGGACAUGCCAGCAAAGUAUAUCUACGAACCUUGGGAAGCUCCCAUUGAACUUCAAAAGAAAGUUGGGGUGAUUGUCGGUGAAAACUACCCUCAUCCAAUUGUUGACCACAAGUUGGUCAGUAAAAACAAUAUGUCACGGAUGAAGGAAGCGUACGAUGCACAGAAGAAUCGGGAGCCUAUGCCAGCCAACGAAUCGCAUAGUAGCGGUUUGAAUCGUGAUACUUCACCAAAGCGACAACGUCGCAACUAACAGAAAGUGCAAAGAAUCGUUUUUUUAUAACAAAUGGGAUUCAUAACCGA